AUGGCUGAGCCCCAUGACAGCCCAUAUCACCUGGAUCUGUCCCUGCAAGUGCAACUGUCCGAGCUCACGGACCUGCUGCUUCAAACGCAGCGGCAGGUCGCAGAAUGCAGCGAAGAGAUGGAACGCAGGCGGGAGAUAGAAGCCAUUACGAGGGCCGAGGCAGACCGUCAAUGCCAGACCAUGCACACAAAGUUCUCUUCAAUCGUCGCAGAUCGUCAGAAUGCAGCAAGUGACGCACCUCCGCAGCUGCCAGGUAGAGAUUGUAGUUAUUCAGUAGAGACAAUACUGCAGGAGCUGGAGCGCGUCCAUCGAAGCUGGAAGGAUGAGCUCACGUCUGCGACACAAGAAUUCCGACAGACCAAAGAACGACAUCACAUUGAAUUGCUAGCAGCGAUUCGCGAUAGACAAUGA